AUGAAAGCCAUAGCGUUGGUGGUUUUCGCGUGCUUCGCGCUAGCGAGCGGGUACUAUAUGACAAAGGAUGUCAAGUACGCCGACAAGGACUUCCUGUACAAGCAGAAGGCCAUCCUCGAGGUGCUCCAGCAUGUCCACCAACAUGAGGUUCACACGCAACUGUGGGAGGACUCGAAAUUGUACAAGAUCUACGAACACUACAAUGACUACACCAACGUGACGGCUGUGAAGGAGUUCUACAUGUACUACGAGAGUGGAAUGCUGCCAUUCGAUGAGAUCUUCUCCAUCUUCAGCGAAUACCAGCGCAAGCAGGUCAUCAGCCUGUUCAACGUCUUCUACUACGCCAAGGACUGGGACACGUUCUACAAGUCGAUGGUCUGGGCACGUUUCCACAUCAACGAGGGCAUGUUCGUGUACGCCUUGACCAGCGCUGUGCUCCAUCGCAAGGACCUCGUUGGCAUCGUCCUGCCAGCUCCCUACGAGAUCUACCCCUACUACUUCUUCAACAGCGAGGUGAUCCAGCUGGCGCAGCAGUACAAGAUGCAGGGCUUCUAUGGCAUGAAGAAGUACGGCGAUAUCUACAGUGUCACGAUUCCAUCCAACUACACCGGCUGGUACAAGCACACGAAUGUGGAACAGAAGGUGUCCUACUUCACGGAGGACAUUGGUCUGAACAGCUACUACUACUACUUCCACAUGGACUACCCCUUCUGGAUGGGCGGCAAGGAAUUCGGACUGUACAAGGACCGUCGCGGUGAGUUCUACUUCUACCAGUACCAGCAGCUGCUGGCUCGCUACUACCUGGAGCGUCUCUCCAACGACAUUGGCAUCAUUCCCGAGUUCAGCUGGUCCGAGCCCAUCAAGACUGGCUACUACCCUGACCUUCGCUACUACAACGGCGUCUACUUCCCCAGCCGUGAGAACUACUACAUGUUCAACACUGAGUACAACUACUACUACAUCCAGAUGAUUGAGAUGUAUGAGAAGCGCAUCUUCGACGCCAUCGAUCUUGGAUUCUUCUACUUGCCCGACGGAACCUAUGUUGACCUCACGAAGCCUGAGUCCAUUGAGUACCUCGGAAACCUGUUCCAGGCCAACCCCGACAGCAAGAACACACGCUACUUUGGAUACCUCGAAUUGUACGCCAAGAUGCUCCUGUCGGCCUCACCUGAGCACUUCGAGACAUACAAGAUGAUCCCUGGCAUCAUGGAGCAGUUCGAGACCGCCAUGCGCGACCCGGUGUUCUAUCAGCUGUACAAGAGAUUCCUGAAGUUCUACUGGCAGUUCAAGGAACACCUCCCAUACUACACCUACGAUGAGAUCUACUUCCCCGGAGUGAAGAUCGAGACUGUUGAGAUCGACAAACUGGUGACCUACUUCGACAAGUUCGAGUCUGACAUCACCAAUGCCGUCGAUGUUGAGGUGUACGAUGAGAAACUGCCCAUGUCUGAGAUGAAGAAGUUCGGCAAGAUCGCCCACUACCAGGGUGAGGACUUCGUGAUCAAGGCCAGCCAGUACCGUCUCAAUCAUCUGCCCUUCACUCUGAAGUUGGACGUGACAGCCGAGAAGGCCACGAAGGCAUUCGUGAAGGUCUUCAUUGGACCGAAGUAUGACAGCUAUGGCAACAUCUACACAAUCAACGAGAACCGCGAGAACUUCUUCGAGUUGGACAGCUGGGUUGUGGACCUCAAGGUCGGCCUGAACAAACUCGUGCACCAGUCAACUGACUUCACGUGGUUCGUGAAGGACCGCACCACCUACUAUGAGCUCUACAAGUACGUGAUGCAGGCGCUCAAGGGCGACUACAAGUUCCCUCUGGACAUGAGCGAGGCCCACUGCGGCUUCCCCAGCCGACUGAUGCUGCCCAAGGGCAAGAAGGGAGGCUAUCCCUACCAGUUAUUCUUCUACGUGAUGCCCUACGUCGCCCCCAAGGUCGAACCCUUCUCCACCUACGACUACACGAUGAGCUGCGGUGUUGGCUCUGGCGCUCGCUACAACUCCGCCUAUCCAUUCGGCUACCCGCUGGACCGUGAGAUUAACGAAGUGUACUGGUACACGCCCAACAUGAAGUACUACGAUGUGUUGAUCUUCCACAAGACUGACACAGAGAUCAACGCUGUGUACUAAAGCAUCUCAUCCAACAUCCGAUACUCCGUUUCCCUCUGUGAUGGAGGGAAAUUGACGUGACCCCCUCCCCCAUGACAGUAGUUUAGUUCUCAUUAAGUGUGCAAGAUGAUGCAAUGAAAAAAUCUACAAAAAAAGGCGAAGGUGAAGAAUAAGAAAUACAAAAAAGUAAAAUGAA